CAAAAUCCAUCAUGGCGCCUAUUCUGUGGUGGAAACGCUCCAUUUUUCCUAUUUUUUAGCCUGUCAAUAAAGGCUUUGUUUUUCAUUUCUGGAUUUUGAGUAGUACUUGCUAUGAAUGCUGAUUGCUUAAGAUAUUUCAAAUUGAAGUUGGAGGAAAGGAAUACCCCAUAAGACAUGGAAUCUGAAGGAGAAGAUCAGAUUGCUUCCCCAGAUGAGGACUCUGGCUCACUGGAGGCAAGCUUUGCUGGCGAUGGUAACUCAAGUGAGGAAGAAUCUGAGGGUGACUCCAGUCCAAGCCUAGGUGAACCUCUUGACAAACAGGAGACAUUGAUCCUGAUGGAAGAUCCAGAAAGUUUGGCAUAUCCAGGCAGUAGAGACGAACUUGAAGGUUCGGAAGAAAUACCGAUAGCCUACCAGCAUGGGCCUCACACUCCCAGUGAUAUGGAUGGCGAGCCUGUGGAGACCCCUGCAAGUCCUAGCAACAACUCUGCCGAAAGCAGCAGCGACGAAGAAGAUGACUUGGAUGACAACUCAGUCGGGGAGAUGAACGGCAACGUUGGGAAUCCUGUGGAGAGAAAUGCAGGAGAUGGUCUUUUCCGAUCCUCGGCGGCGAGUGAAGACAAUGAAGAGGAAAAUGAGAAUGGGGUGGAGGAACCUGAAGAAGAUAUGGAAUGGAUUGCAUAUGGAGAUGAAUCAGGAAGGCAGGAGGGAGAGGCAGAAGACUACGAAAGUCUUGGAGAGAUGCAAGAUGAUGUCAGGGAGGAUGAUGAUAUCACAAAAGGAGAGGAAGGGAGUGACGAGAAUGACAAAGAGUCAUUGGGAGUGACCCUGUCUGAAGAUAUGGAGAGAACUGACUUUCAGAGAACUAUAGCAAGCCCUGAAGUUGAUUCCCCAGCAGUUGGAAAUGCCGAGUGUCUGGAAGUUGAUAACUCCAGUAACAGGGAAUAUGAGCAGCCCGAAUUGGAUGUUGCAGCGGAUCAGGCAGUUGAAGAACAACUGUCCAUGCAGGAAACGGAUCCAACAUUUCAUCGGCUGCCAAGUCCGGACGAGGUGUCCGCAUCGAACUCGCAAUCGUCUGUCGUCGAACUGGCUGAACAAACUCAGGCUGUGAGCUUAGACCAGGAGGUGGUACAAGCUGGCGAUGAGGAAGAGACCUCACAGCCAAUCGAUCAAGACCUAUCCUCUGAUGAUGAUGCACAGAGUAGAGUGGACCAGAAUGUAGGGGAGGAGGGCGAAGCCCAGGAACCUCCGAGCACCUUCCCCGAAACUAGUGAUACUGACAAGCAGAUCAUCGCCCCGGCAGCAAGCUCAGGUAGACAUAACAUUAAUGCUGCACAAGUGGAUCUUGACUUGGAAGAUAAAAAUGACCAGAAAAUUUCCUCACAUCCGCACGGUAGCAGCCGUGAAACUGGUAGAAGUGAAACCUUGGACGUGGAAGCUAGCUUACAAACCAAAUCUAGCAUUACACAUGUUACAAGGUCUGAACAGUACGAGAGUCACACAACCGCCAGUUCUGGUGAAGGAAGUAUGCAAAAGGUCUCCGGUAUCACUGACCAAUCUGCAGUUGCCGAUCAGUCGAAGGUGGAAAGUGACCAAUCGGAAAAUGCUGCAGCAACUGGAGCCAACCAAUCGGAGGUGCUGGAUGUUCAUCACCUUGACGACCACGGGGUGGAGUUGGACUAUGAGGAGGAUGUUGAGGACCAUGAGAAAAUGGGGAAAGAUGGGAAAGAAGACGGAGAAGAAGGUAUUGAUGCAGAAGAAGGUGAAGAAGACGACGAUGGUGAACUGGAAGACGAUGAGGACAUGGAAGAAGGGGAAGUCAAGGAACCAGGCAGCAGGAAGCCAUUUGUGAAGAAAGUCUGCCGCUUCUACAGGGAAGGGAAGUGCACAUGGGGCUCAAACUGCCGAUUUGUUCACCCUGGCGUGAAUGACAAAGGGAACUAUUCCAUGAUUGACCGACGGGAGUUGCACGAAGCUACAGCUAAACUGUUGGGUAUCCCCCAGGCCCCAGCAGCACCAGCGCCACCACGGGCCUUUUCACCUCCACCUCCCCCGCCAAGCGAGCCCGUGGGAGAAUCAGCCUGGGAAAGAGGCCUGCGACAUGCCAAAGAGAUACGUAAGAAGGCCAUGUUACGGAAGGAGCAGGACCACAAUUUUGAGGAGAAGAGGAUGCUGGGCGGCAUUCCGUACGAGGAGGAGAGAGACUAUGACAAAGAGAACGACUUCACCCUGCCCCAGGGUAAUGCAAACUAUGAGGAGUUUUAUGGCUUUAGCUUAGUUGAUGAGGAAGCACCCCCUACUGACAACAGAGAAGCAUUGUAUCAGCAGCCGUACGAGGUGUACAACGCCCAGUACCAACGACGUGAACCGCCUCAGCAAUACGACUACCGCAGGUCUGGGAAAGAUCGACAGUGGCAAGAGGAACGAGAGGAAAUGGAACGGCGUGACAUGGUCCGGCAGCGCCAACGAGAGAUGAACCGCCAGCGGGAGCGGCCCCGAGAAGUCAUGCGGGACCGACGCACCCCGCCUCGCCCGCUCUCCCGAGAGCGGCCCCUGCCUGGCAACACCCGGCCCAUCCGAGAGGACGUGGACCGCCCCCUAAGGGGGGAGGAGCGCAGGCGGAAGGAGGUGGGGCCACACCCUGGAGGGCAUGGCAGCAGCCGACCGGCUGACGCCUGGCAGGACCCAUGGGCGCGGUCCCGCUCACCCAAAGCUAACGCCAAGGCAGUGGGGAGGAGGCGACGAUCGUACUCGUACUCCUCAGACUCCUUCAGUGAUUCUUCAUUCUCUUCUCGGUCACGCUCGCGUUCCCGGUCCUCCUACUCCUCCAGCAGCCGGUCCUCCUCGGGAAGCUCCUUCAGUCGCUCCUCAUUCUCUCACUCCCGGUCCUACUCCCGCAGCCGAAGCCCCUCGCCCCGCAGCCGGGCUAGGGCAGGCCAGGCGGGCCGGGCCAGGCCGGGGUACGAGAAAGCCGGGUCCCCCGGCUUCCCCCGGGGGAGGUCCAGCCACCAGCAGCAGCAGCAGCGCCAGCAGCAGCCUCUAGGCAAGGCGGGGCUGGUGGGGGGCCUGGGGAGAGGUGCCACGUCCGGCCCUGGGAGAGGAACUGCUGCUGUACCUCAGGGAAACAGGGGAGCUGCCAGCAACAAGCCAACCUCAGUCAGAGGACCUACCAGUGACGCCCUACAGCCGUCUCUGCCCACUAAGAGACCAGCCCUGGUCACACCGCCCAAACCGGCGCCCCAGGCUAAACCUGUCCCCGCCGCCAAGGCCCCACCCCAGCCCAGGGUGGCCGGCGAGGUGACCAGGCGCCCACACCAAGAGAUCAGUAGACCACAGAAUGCGUCACCCAUACAGCAGAAGAGACCAACGGCUGUUGCUUCCUCUGACAAGAAAGCUGUUGGGAAUAGGAGAUCUCCAGACUUGAGGAGAAUGCCCCCCGGCAGGCAGAUCCGGCCCAGGCCCCGCAGCAGCAGCAGCAGCAGCUUCAGCAGCCACUCUAGCUACAGCAGCCGUAGCGGCUCACGCUCCCGUAGCCGCUCGGUCAGCUCCGUCUCCUCCUACUCAAGCAUCUCCUCCAGCGAGAGUGACAUGUCACCGCAUCGGCCGGCCGCCAUAAAGGGCAUUGACGGGAAGCGUCUCCCACCCAACACCAAACUCCCCAAAGUUGGCAUACCAGCACUGCAAGCUCGGUCCAGUAAAGUACCCCCAGCACCGACUAACAGAAACACCAAACCCCCACCUAUAACCCCGCCCAAAACUCCCAAGGCCCCACCUAGCAGCAAGGCCCCACUUGCGACCAAAGCCCCACCCAGCAAGCCACCCCCCAACAAGGGGGCAUCUUCCUCCAAGCCCUCUGCUGGGAACAGUAAGCCUGCCGGCAAGCUGGCUCCACCCAAACCGGCCCCGCCCAAACCAGCCCAGCCCAAACCGGCCCAGCCCAAACAGGCCCAGCCCAAACUGGCUCCGCUUAAACCUCCCAGUAGCAGCAAGCGGUCGCCCAGCCGAAGCAGCAAGUCCCAACAGCCCAGCAGCAAGACCAUGCAGGCACCAGCCAAAACGACGGCUCCCACGCAGGCCAAGCAGAAGACCACACCCAAGCCAGCCGCCUCCUCCAGGGAAAAAGACAAAGAGAAGACAAGAACAUCGUCGUCAUCAGGGACCACGCCCAGUGCAUCAUCAGGGUCGUCCAGCACGGCAACGGCAGCACAGAGGCAGCAUAGCACCUCUGUGCCCGUAGCAGCAGCCCCACGGUCCAACACCCUGAAGGUCACGGCCCACAAAGACAUCAAGCUGACCCUGCUGAGCAAGCCUUCAGCAGACCCCAAGAAGCGUUCAAGCGAUCCCCAGCCUAACCAGGCAGGCAAAAAGACCUUGGCCGGCCCUGCCCAGUCAAAGACCUCGGCAGACAAGGAGCGUAAGACCACCCGGCCGCCAUCUGCGAGCCCCACAGCUACCAAGAAGACUGUGCCGUCAGCAGAUGCCAACCGCAAGACUGGCGCACAGAGCCAUGCCAGCAAGACCACCCCCAAGCCAGCCAGCGGGGACCGCAAGCGGCCAUCCUCGCCCGGGACUCUGAAGGGACAGCCGCCGGCCAAGGUGCCGGCUCGAACAGCCCAUGCCGUAACAAUGGGAGGGAGCGCCAAGGCCCCCACAGCUGCCCCUGGGGCUGGCAAGCCCGCAGGUGCUGCUAAAGCAUCGGGCAGUGCAGCCCCGAAGAAGAGCACCACGGUGUCUCGCCGGGAAGAACUGUUGAAGCAGCUGCGGGCCGUAGAAGACGCCAUUGCCAGGAAGAAGGCCAAACUCAAAUAGCUUCCUGGAAUUGCAUUUUGUAUUUUUUUAAAUUGUAACAAUGAGCCUCAUGUGUCACAGAGGAGCCGUUAAUAACAAAACUGGAAAGUCGUGUUCUCAUCAUGACUUAAAAUGGCCCGCUCACGGGUGUUGAGGCCGAUCUCCGUGGAGUUCGCCAGUUGCAGCCAUUUGAUCCUCUGCAGUGAGCUCUCUGUAACCCAGCACUCACAGGGGACGCCACCAGAAAUCUUCAGGGACGCAAGGGUCGGAUGUUCCUCUUGCGGCAGACUUCUCGAAGUGACACCACGCUUGAUAAGCAGGCGAUUGCCCUGCAGACAAUCGGCAUUGCCUUCUGCUCCUCGUCACCACAGCCAUAUCAUAACUUUUCAGCAACACGCCACGGUGUAUUUCCAGAUAAUGUAGCUCCCUUGAGAAAGAAGGGAAGCGUUGUUGAUGUCAGUGUACAUAAUUGAGAAACGUUCCAGCUCUCUAACACACUUGUAAUGUUUAUUUGGUUUUUAACCUUCCUGUUCCUGUACGCCAACCAAUAAUAGUGUGUACAAUCUGAUGUUCACUUUUGGUAUCAGUCAAGAAAAAGUCAGCUGUGGCGUGCCAAUAAGAUACCCACUUACAUGUACUGUAUAUCACCAAGAGAAAGCUUUUUAGUGCAGCCUUAAUCAUGAAACGAACAUGGACAGGUAGUUAUUCAACAUUUGUCCCCGAGUGGAAAUGAAACAUUACAUAACAUCAGUUGUUACAUCAUCCUUUGAAUUCAGCAUUCCAUCUUAUUUUGCACGCACUUUUUUGUGUCGUUUUGUUUUUAUUUCUGAAUUGUUAGUGCCCUUUUUUUUCAUUUUCAGUGAGGAAUGAAUGUUCAUUGAUUUUAAGAUUUUAUGUGUUAAACCAGCUGGAAUGCGGGCUUGGCACUUCACGGAUACCAGUUUGAGGUAAUGGGAUUUUUGUAUUGGGAAGUCUUUUCCACACGCUUAUCUUUUAGCCAUGCAAAAUUCUUUUGGCAAGCAUUCAUAGUGCAUUGAUAGCGUUAGUAUUGGAGAAAAGUUCUUGUAACUUACAUGUAAUCCCAGAAUUCUGGACACUUUGGGCCGCAUCUGUUUUUGUAGUUUUCUAGGUUAUGCACAGACUUAAUUUUGUCUUUUUAUUAACUAAACGUGUUUGCAGAUGUCAGAUCUUGGUAAAAGACCUGCCGCGAUCACAGGAAAAAAAACAUGGUUUGAGUAUAUCUACAGUGAGCUUUUUUUUCUCUCCAGCAGCAAGAUUAGCUAAGUGGUAAGUUGUUGGCGAAUGCGAUUCUGUUGUAGCCAUCAAGGCCACCCCCCCACACACACGCAUUCCCUUAACCAUAACUUGCACAGUGUAGACUAUAAUUUGGAGCCUUAAUUUGAGGCCACUCUGUUUGCACGCAGAUGGUACGCGUGCCUUACAUUCCUCUCCAAGACAAUGGGGUGUUGUGCCUUGCCAAAGUGCAUGCACGCCUAAGUUAAAGUGUAGCUGCAGUGAAUUUUUCUCAGCCUCAGUUUUUCUUCAACUUUGUAUUCUUCUUCAAUGUAUGAAAAUUCUUUUUCGUUUCUAUUUGUUUAAAUGCACCAAAGAGUGCAAUUUUUUCAACAAUUAAACUUAUACAUGCUUUCCUGGACAGCAUAGUUCAGAUUGUAAACCCAGAAUUUACUUAAUGAAAAUAUUUCUGACAAAAGCAGUGGUGGUCACUCAUUGCAGUGUGUGCAAACAACAAUGAAGGAGCAAAGAAAAGAAACUUUAGUCCAGCAAAACCUACCAAAAUGCAGGACUUUUUUGUGUACAAACCAAUGUAAAAUUGAGGCUUCUUCCUGGGAUGAGUUGCAGAUUAGCUUAUGAAUAUGGAAAUACCAAUUAGCAUAAAGACAAAAAAGGCCGUAAGGUACCCUUUGAAAUAGUGAAACAAAAGUUGAAAAUAAGGUUAACUGAGACACAAAGGUGCAUUUUGAAGGUGUGUGCCAAAACAAAUCGAUUGCAGCUAUACUUUAAUUAAAGGGUGCACAUGUGAGUGUGUUGGCCCUGCAGUAAAGGCAUCCUCUUGGAUUAGUGUGUAGGUGUUAUGUGUAAGGUUGAAUGUUCUUGGCAAGGUUUGUAGACAUGAUAGACCCUCAGAAUGAGUCCUUAUUGCUCAAUAGAAUGAACUUCUGUGUAUUACCUAUUUUAUGCCAUGAUGCGGAUGUCCGUAGAAUCGAAAGAGUAGGCACACCCCUGUUUCACUGUCUACAGUGUAUACCAGGCAAGAUAUGGGACAGAGGGGUACCCCCCCUUACCUGUCCAAUUCCUAUACACACUCUAGACUACUG